AUGUCAGCCGCUGCCUCUUCAUCAACGGCAACACCGCGCCAUCUAUACCGCACACUCCUCCGGGAGCUUCGCUCAAAUCCGAAUAAUCCACCCAAGCCCACUCUCGCGCCAGCCUUCAAGAGUCAGCCCAUUGUGGCGUAUGUUAGGACAACGUUUCGCGAUGGCAAGGCAAAGGAAACAGAAGGUGCAUUGAGGGAGAUGAGGGACUUGGAGACGUACCUGAGGAGCAACAGGGUGCAUAGGGAACUCUUGCAUCGCUACUCCCCGCUUCACGACCUGACAGAGCAAGAGCGAGUCAAGGCGACGGCUCGCCGAGUAGGGCUGGACGUACCGAAGUUGUACGACCCGGAGGCUGAGGUGGACCCGAAGGGGCAGAGCACCAAGGGUGCCAUUGAUCAGAAGGCGGACACGUUGGGAAGAGGAAGGGAGAGGGGACCCCUGCCGCCUCCAGAUCUCGAUUGA